CUCUUCUCUUCUCUUCUCUUCGCUCCGGAAACAUAAACAAUUGCAUUCAAUUCUUCCUGUAAGAGAUGAUUCUAAGUGGGGUUCACUUCGGAGGCAACCCUUUGCUACAGCCACAAGAAUGGGCCGGUAAGAGCAGGCUUGCCUUGCAGCUUGCCAAGCGUCUUAAUGGUGAAAUCAUAAGUGCACACUCUGUCCAGGUUUACCGUGGUCUUGAUAUUGGGUCAGCAAAGCCUCCUCUGAGUGACAGAAAGGAAGUGCCACACCAUCUGGUAGACAUAUUGGAUCCAUUUGAAGACUAUUCUGUAGGACAAUUUUUUGAGGAUGCCAGGCAAGCAACAAGAGAUGUUCUUGACAGUGGCCAUGUUCCUAUAGUCACAGGCGGCACUGGCUUGUAUUGACGAUGGUUAUGUUCCCAGAUAUGCUUUUGCCUAGGUGAGCUUUGUUAAGUUGCAGUGCUUCGUCUUUUUCUUUCAUAGUUAUAAAAAUCGGAUGCGACC